CAAUUAAUUACUUUUUACACAAGAAAGUGUACACGACGCGAUUUUCACUGACUUCAACAUACUUUAACGAUUCCACGAAGGCAAUAAACUGCUUUUUGACAAUUUACAGCCCUAGACCUUUUCCACUUUGCGCUUGGAACCGAGUCCAUAACACAGAUAAAGCCACUCACACACUGCCGCUACUCCCAAAUUGUGGAAGAGGUUUGCGGAGACCAACAUAUCUUUCGAAGAUGCAGAGUUCCAAUAACAUUGCCCAUGCCAGGAGGGCAGUCCAGCAGCUGAGAAUAGAAGCCAGCAUUGAGAGAAUUAAGGUGUCCAAGGCCUCAGCAGACCUGAUGCACUACUGUGGAGAACAGGGUAAAUAUGACCCUCUACUCAUGGGUAUCCCAGCCUCUGAAAACCCCUUCAAAGACAAGAAGCCAUGCACUAUAUUAUAGUAGCGGAAUAGCUGAAUUACCUUUUGUUUUUUUAUUUGUAUUCUUUUAUAGUGAGAAAUAUACAACGUUAAUACCGGUACACUAUUUGCCUUAAGGCCAGCCCAGUCCCACUCCCCAUGUUUCCUUGUACUUUAGGUUGAUUUCAAAAUGUUACCUUAGGGCCUAUAGGGCUCUGGUCAAAAGUAGUGCAAUAUAAAGGGAAUAGGGUGCCAUUUGGGACUAAUUCACUCUCUCCUUUAAACAAGUGCCAUCUUGGUAGAAUCAGAAUCAUUGGUCUUCUCUCUCCAUCAGAUACAACAAUUAAUUUGUGACCCAGAAAAAAAGCUUUUAGUUCAGUCAGUCAUGAAUAGAUAAGAGCUCAUUCUGAGGCUCCCCUCAACAGAGACUGGUGUUCUUUCAGAUUGUUACCAUAUGUUAUGCAGACUAAAGACCAGCUGGGUUUGAACAGGGGGUUCCCAACUUUGUCCUGUUAACACUAAAACAGUUUCUUUAAAAUGUACAUCAACUUACUGGCAGCAAAUGUAUUUUACAGUACAGCUACUGUAAUCCAUUUUACUGUAAUCCAUUUUACAGUACCACAAAUGUUACUGUAAUCCAAUUUACAGUAUAUUACUGAAAUUACCCAUGCAGUAACAUAUUAUCCAGUGUUCUUUGCAAGUUUUCAUUUUUAGAUUUACAUUUUGGUCAUUUAGCGGGCACUCUUGACCUUAGCAGCUUACAGUCAGUGCAUUCAACCAAGGUUGAUAAACACAUAUCACAGUCAUAGCAAGUAAAAAGUUUCUUUAACCGUAGAUACCAUUUUAUGUCUCUGUGUCCAGUAUGAAGGACGUUUAAAAGUAGUUUCGCGAGCCAAUGCUAACUAGCGUCAUUACAAUGACUGGAAAUCUAUGGGUAAACUGACAGUGGCUACAGGGCGAAACAGAUCAAAGGACAGGGUUAGCUACUCAACCAUGAAUGGUUUUGAGACUUGCUGCCACUCUGAUCUACCCCUAUAUACAUUUAAUUGUUAGGGAACUACUACCACCUAUCACUUGGUACAGCACUCUCACUAAUGGGUGCAACAAAUAUAGCCGCUUACAAGACACUCCUCAAAAUAUAUUAAUUAAUGACUGAGAAACAACAAUACCAUAAACCAGUUAGUGUUCAAAAGGUUUUUGGCUCUCCAAAAAUACGGUAUUGGUAAUGUAUUAUAAAUUACAGUAAAUUACUGGUAGCAAUUAGCCAGAAAGGUUUGUAGAAUUCCUAAAAUACAGUAUAUUGCCGUAUUCUGUAGGGGUACAGCAUUCUCACUCAUUGGUGCAAAAAAUAUAGCCUCUUACAAUUUACGUUAUUUUACUGUGCACUCUACAAUGUUUUACUGUUGAAAUUACAGAAAAGUCUUAGUGUGCUGUAAAACAAAUGCAUGAUAUUUUACUGUGCCUUCUAUGAUAAUCUACUGUAUUCAGUUUAUACAGUAUCAUACUGUUGAUUAAUACAGUAAGUAACAGAUAAAAUUACAAAAACAUCUAACGGUGCACAUCAGCUGGAGCAUAAAUAAUGUCAACGGCCCUAAAGCAUUGCAGUUGCACCACACUAGUUAAACCUUUCAGCUCCGGAUUGCGUCAGUCAGUCCCCACACAGUAGCUUCUUUGGAAAACAAUCAGUCUAGUUUGAAUGCUGCUGAUAAGCUUGUAAUAACCUUAUUAUGUAAAUCAGCCAGUCCCAUGACACAGGAGUACACUAACCAGUGCUGAUGGACUGGUAAACCACUGUAUGGCUUUGUUCCAAAUGGCAUCCUAUUCCCUAUAUAGUGAACUACUUUUGACCAGAGCCCUAUGGGCCCUUGUUAAAAGUAGUGCACUAAAGGGAAAAGGCUGUCAUUUGGGACUGACAAGUGAAUGCCCCAUCAAAACAAGAGAGGGCAGGCUGGCCAAAAGGCCAUGGCCUCUGUGACAAAUGAACACACUCUCAAAGGGUGCCUGUCAUUCUGUAAGGGAAAACAUCUAGCUUGCAUCCACAGGGCCUGAAGAAAGUUAAAGCAUGACCGCUUCACCAUGUUUAACAAGCAUUGUUUUGUUUCUGCAAAGACAAUGUCAGAGAUCGUUUUGGUUUCAGGCGUGGGUAGAGGGUGGGGUAUCAAUUCAGACUAUCCCACUUCUAUGUAUUUGUUUUGAAACUCAGACUAACCUUUGCCUUAGAAACCAACCUUUGUGACUUUGCGUAGUUGUCUUGCUUGUAUGUGGUACGGUAGAUAGAUAAUGUAGUAUCAAUAUGAAGUAUUGCAGACUGCGGUACACUGAUAUUAUGUAACCCUUUAAAUGAGUGUAAUAUGCCUUACGUUGAUGUACAAGAUGUUGGUCCAUAAUGUUAUCUCUACAUAGCUGAAGCAGAGGAGGUGAGAUCCGUCUGUGCCGUCACAAUGACAUCUAUCCAAUGUGCCAGCAUCAGAGGAAACAUACUGUACUAGCCUGAGUGCCAGUCUGUAUGUGCUAUCAUGCAAACUCCUUGUGACUCAUUUUCUUGGCAAACAAUUGUGAAAACUAGGGAAUAAGCAAGAGCACAAACCGAUCUGGUACCAGGCUAGAAAUGUACAGGUUUUCUGAUUUUGUAUUUUAUUGUCAGUACUUUUAGUGUUUCACUCUGAUAAUAUUUCAUUGAUAAAUGUACGACUUCUAUCCUGAAAGGGAUUCCGUGAACUUUGUGUGAGACCGUUAUUAUGAUUUCUUCUUGAGUUUUAACAUUCCAUGUUUACAAUAACAAUACAAGAAUCAUUUCUUAUUUCAUGCUCUCACAAUGGUCAUGAGGGUCACAAUGGUUGAAUAAUUGUUAUUGUGUGUGUGGGAGUAUGCAUUCGUGUAAGUGUACGUGUGUGACUUUGCACACGACUGGCAAAAGCAACUCGGUAACCAUUGUCAUGUUCAGUAGGGCAUACUGUAGCUAAAACUAUAGUUUCUUAAUAGACAAGUUCAGGUAGUACCUCCCCGGUUCACGUCGCUUUGUACCCAAUGAACACGACCCAGCUUAACCAUCCAGGGCCUUAAUAUUGAAAUAGUCUUGCUUCGGCAUCUCACCACUACCUUUCAGCCACACUCCUCAAACAACACUAGGAUAAUAGUGUGAACAACGGAAUCACGGCGUUCCCGGUGGAUGCAGGGAGCACAUCUAUGCUGUCAUUUUUGUUGUUGUUAGCUAUUCAAAUAAUCGAGACUGACUGCUAUUUGGAUGGUCAACUGACCGCCAUGGAGACAGGCUGCAGCACCAAUUAAAAUGUUCCCACACCCACAUGGUAUGCUAUUUGUCUCCAUAUUCUGGGCAAUCUCGGCAACCCAGAACCAAAGAUCUCACAUUCUACUAUUUAUGUCACGCUCACUCCACAAGAUAUUAUAUUCUGUGGCUUUGAAAGGCUUGCUUGAAGUUGCGUGGUGCUGUAUGUUGCGUUUCUACACUUGCUUCUUCUCACUGUCACAGUAUGUCACUGCAAUGACAUGCUGAACUUCCGUUGAAUCUAGACUCUGUAUAUGUGUGUCAACACUUUUUUUCUUCUUCUCCUUGACGAUAUAUUGACGAUAAUACAGUAGGGGAGAGCGAGGUAUGUUGUCACACUUUUCACGAUGUCUAACAUUUACUGGGCACAAUACAUCACAAUGGUAUAAAUGUCAUACAAAUGAAAGAAGGAAGUCUUGGGCACAUAUGUUGUAUUCAUUAUAUCUUCACAUCUUACAUAUCUUCACAGUUUUGCAAAAGCCUAUACGACGUACAUCCGUAUCUGACUAAUCAGACUCAUCUUCAGAGUCACAGUUCUGGCACACAUAAAUUGUCUGGCCUGAGGUGCUGCAAGCAUCAUGGGCCCAUUUGUUGCGUCUCACACACUUCACCCAAGUCUCCUUUGGAAGGCUGUUUGAAAAUGGCUCCACACAGAUGAGGCAGAAGCACUCCUCUUCAUCUGAUGACUCUUCUAUGAUUUUUUUCUUUUUUUAGCUGCCUUUUUCUUUGCAGAUCCAGAUUUUGACUCCCCCUUGCUUCCCUUUCUUCAGAAACAGCCUUUUCCUAGAUUGUGCCUUUUAUUAUUUUCCAUUUCUAGUACCUGCUUUACUGGUGUCAUUUAGAAUUGCUGUUUUGCUCUGUUUUCUUCCUUUGCAAGCUGAUUUUCGGGGGCCUGCUUUUGCGUAUGGCCAGAUAUCCUCUGGAGUAGGUAGUCCGCUGUCAGCAAUGGCAUUACUGUACAAGGGUGAGCUGGUGUUCGCAUAAGAACUGGGCGGGUCUGUGUCUGAGCUCGUGCUAUGCAGGGCUAGAAUUGUGCUGGGGCUGGAAUAGAGCUGGGGCCUGACAGGGCUGGAAUAGUGCUGGGGCCUGACAGGGCUGGAAUAGUGCUGGGGCCUGACAGGGCUGGAAUAGAGCUGGGGCCUGACAGGGCUGGAAUAGUGCUGGGGCCUGACAGGGCUGGAAUAGAGCUGGGGCCUGGCAGGGCUGGAAUAGUGCUGGGGCCUGGCAGGGCUGGAAUAGUGCUGGGGCCUGACAGGGCUGGAAUAGAGCUGGGGCCUGACAGGGCUGGAAUAGUGCUGGGGCCUGGCAGGGCUGGAAUAGUGCUGGGACCUGACAGGGCUGGAAUAGUGCUGGGGCCUGGCAGGGCUGGAUUGUUGCUGGGGCCUGGCAGGGCUGGAAUAGUGCUGGGGCCUGGCAGGGCUGGAAUAGUGCUGGGGCCUGACAGGGCUGGAAUAGUGCUGGGGCCUGACAGGGCUGGAAUAGAGCUGGGGCCUGGCAGGGCUGGAAUAGUGCUGGGGCCUGGCAGGGCUGGAAUGUUGCUGGGGCCUGGCAGGGCUGGAAUGUUGCUGGGGCCUGGCAGGGCUGGAAUGUUGCUGGGGCCUGGCAGGGCUGGAAUGUUGCUGGGGCCUGGCAGGGCUGGAAUGUUGCUGGGGCCUGGCAGGGCUGGAAUGUUGCUGGGGCCUGGCAGGGCUGGAAUGUUGCUGGGGCCUGGCAGGGCUGGAAUGUUGCUGGGGCCUGGCAGGGAUGGAAUGUUGCUGGGGCCUGGCAGGGCUGGAAUAGAGCUGGGGCCUGGCAGGGCUGGAAUAGUGCUGGGGCCUGGCAGGGCUGGAAUGUUGCUGGGGACUGGCAGGGCUGGAAUAGUGCUGGGGCCUGGCAGGGCUGGAAUAGUGCUGGGGCCUGGCAGGGCUGGAAUGUUGCUGGGGCCUGGCAGGGCUGGAAUGUUGCUGGGGCCUGGCAGGGCUGGAAUGUUGCUGGGGCCUGGCAGGGCUGGAAUGUUGCUGGGGCCUGGCAGGGCUGGAUUGUUGCUUGGGCCUGGCAGGGCUGGAAUGUUGCUGGGGCCUGGCAGGGCUGGAAUAGAGCUGGGGCCUGGCAGGGCUGGAAUAGUGCUGGGGCCUGGCAGGGCUGGAAUGUUGCUGGGGACUGGCAGGGCUGGAAUAGUGCUGGGGCCUGGCAGGGCUGGAAUGUUGCUGGGGCCUGGCAGGGCUGGAAUGUUGCUGGGGUCUGGCAGGGCUGGAAUAGUGCUGGGGCCUGGCAGGGCUGGAAUAGUGCUGGGGCCUGGCAGGGCUGGAAUGUUGCUGGGGACUGGCAGGGCUGGAAUAGUGCUGGGGACUGGCAGGGCUGGAAUAGUGCUGGGGCCUGGUAGGGCUGGAAUGGUGCUGGGGCCUGGUAGGGCUGGAAUGGUGCUGGGGCCUGGCAGGGCUGGAAUAGUGCUGGGGCCUGGUAGGGUUGGGUUCUGAACGGGGCGAUCUUUAACGUAGGAUGGUGCAAACUUCCAUAAAUACAUCCCUAUUGUAAGGCUGUACCCCAGCCACCCUAAAGCCAGCCUGAAUGCUCAAGGGGGUUGCAGCCAGAGGAUAGGCGAUUGCCACAAUCCCAGGAAUGUCAUAAAUUUACAUUGUCUCCCCGGGAUUGUUCCUCAUCCGGCAUCACAAGCGGUGUUCAUGUGCCUCUUUAGCGGCCCGUAGACAGACCUAUCUAAGGGUUGAAGCCGAUGAGAGCAAUGGGUUGGGAAUGACAGCAUAAUUAUGCCAUUUUCUUUGGCAUAAUUGAGUCCAUCAAUGGACAGAUGAGACUCGUGGUUUUGUCCAAAAGGAGUAAACAGGGCUUCUCCUUUGAGAAUUUCGUAUGCUGGACAAAAUGUUUCAGGACGUCAACAAAGUGCACAUCUUUCAUCCACCCAGAGGGAUUUGCCCCUCCUUUGCUGCCAGGUGGCCCGUUGAUCAGGAAAUGAUUGCGGAAGUUGACACAGGGGAAUAUAAAAUAUGGAGGUAUACUAUUCCCUGUGGCUGAUACAGCACAGGCCAGUGUGACAAGGGUUCCCCUUUCAGCGGAGGUCAGUGACCCCACUUGUUUGACUCCACGUCUGCCCACCACUUUGACAUGUUUAUGUACAGUGGUCACCCCAGUUUCAUCAACAUUCCAUAUGUCUCCUGGUUCAAAUUGAUAUCUCUGUAGCACGUCUGCUACAUUGUUGAAGAAAGCAUUAACAUUUUCUCUGUUGAAGCUACUUGCCCUGUCAAGGCUAGUUGCCUCUGGCUUUCUCAACGACAGCGCUGGGUGCUGCUUUAAGAAGCCUGUAAACCACUCUAAGCUGGUCUUUUCUUUUUCUGCCCACAUUGGCGCGAACUUCAGCUGGUGUGCCACCGCAAACUGGUAGGCAAGUCUUCUGACCUCACUUGGCGACAGACCAAAAUAAAUGUCAGCUGACCUAGUAAUAUACUGAACAAGCUGCAUCUCCAAAUCAGGUGAAAAAACCUGCCGUGGCUUUGAAUAGCCAACCACUGUUGUUGGCAUGGCUGUCUGACUUUCAACUUCUUCUCUGGUAACCUUUUGAAAAUGCAGAGUCAAAUUACGGUAAUUAUGUAAAAAUCCUUUGCUGUACUCCUGGUUGAUUUGUUCUGAAACUUCACCUGCCUCACUGCCUAUAACAUUGUGCUAGGUGGUGUGCUGCCAUUCUGUCUUUUAUCAUUUCUAACCAUCUUUCUUUCCUUCCCCUCUUUCUUUCCUUCCUUUCUUCUUUCCUUCAAAAACACAUUUCCUCAUUGCAAUUAUAUAUUCAUUACAGGCUUAUUGUGCCCACCUCCCUGUCUACUAUCAUUGUUGCCACAUUGCAAUUCAUAACACCACACUAAAUGUAUGACUGUGUGUGUGUGGAUAUACUGUCUCAUACAGUAGGCAUGUAGUGUGUUAGUAGAUAAAGGCGCCCACACACCACACACACACACAAGCCAGAGCCUGUCUUCUGUAGUCCAGGGAUAUGUCUGCUGCUCUAAACUAUAUGUAUAUAUAAUAAUCAAUUUAUGGUAACAUUUAAUACUACUAUCAGAGCUGAUUACACAAUAUCACCAUUUUUUAAAGCCUGUUCUAUGUGUCUAUGUAUACUGGGGCAAGUUGUCACAUGUGAAGACUUGCCCCAAGGUCAUUAAAACAACUUGCCCCAAACUGACGUGUGCUAAUGUUGGCUAAAUCUCAAGGUUAGCUCAAAAUAGGACUGCAGCUAAAGUAUCAAAAGACACGUUAUUGUCUCCUCUACUCGGUGCAAAAUUAUAAUUUAACAUUCAUACCUAACAAAGUUUUAUUGCAUAAAAUGUAGUGCCAAUUAUUUACUUCUGAAGGGGAAAAAUAAUAAACUUGUGCUCACCUCAGAUUAGAGUGACCUUGACCACAUGUGAACAGGAAGUUGACCAUAGAACAUGUAGUCACACAAAGUAGCUAUUUGAUUUUUUUUACAUAGCGCCUCUAGUGUUGGAGGUAUGAACAGUUUGACAACUUACCCGUGUGACAACUUACCUCACUCUCCCCUAUAUGUUAUUUUGAUGUAUGUGUUCCAUUUGAUUUUUGCCGACUCAAUUCAGGUUGAAAAUGGAUUUUACCGUUUUAAAGCAACAUUCUUUUUUUCUCUCUGUGACAAAUAACGAUACUGGAUUUGGUCUCUGGUACAUAUUGUCCAUGUGGAUAUUUUUCCUGUGUCAUGUAAUUUUUGCAUUUUAUUCCCAAUUUUGACGCCUUAUAUUUGUAGAUGUUAAUAAAAGUCUUUAAACACAUGA